AAAGCGCAUUGUCGAAAGCGGCGUGAAACGUGUUUAACUUAAUGCAAUCUAAUCCUUGAGAUCUGGAUUUGAAGUUGUGGCUUUUGUGUGCACCUCUGUGCUCUGAUGGCAACUGUUGAAAAACUUUAUCAGAGCUUUGGUACUCUGGCCGAUGCCAAAGACAAAGCUGGAGAGCACAAGGAUGAAUAUUCUUUUAUAAUAAGUGCUACAAAAGGGAAUCCCAGUGAGAAACGUCUAGCCUCCCAGUUCAUUGCCCGUUUCUUCAAAUACUUCCCAGAGCAGGCAGGACAGGCCAUUAAUGCGUUGUUUGAUCUCUGCGAGGAUGAUGACAGUGCGAUUCGUCGCCAAGCUGUGAAAGACCUGCCUACAUUAUGUAAGGCGUUGCCUGAGCAUGUAGCUAAGAUAGCAGAGGCCCUGACCCAGCUGUUGCAGUGGGAGGAUCCUGCUGAGGUCAGCCUCGUACAGUCCUCUCUCCUCACACUGCUCAACAUCAAUGCAAAAGACACAUUAAAGGGGAUAUUCUCCCAGAUAGAAGCAGAGGAUGUGGAAGACCAGGUCAGGGAGAAAGCCAUCAAGUUCCUGACCGUGAAACUACGGACAUUAUCUGAUGACAAACUGGACAAGGAUACAGAAGAGUUUAUCUGGACUGAGUGUAAAAAGGUUUUGCAAGAUGUGACCAAAGAUGAAUUUAUAGCCAUAAUGAAUGUACUGAAGGGAUUGAAAACAAUGGGAACUGUUCAAGGGAGACAACAAUUGGUAGAAACUGUUGUGGAACUGGCUGAGCUGGAGGAACCCUUCAAACCUUCAGACCCAGAUAUGGUGGACAAGUUUAUACAGUGUGUCAAACAGGCCAUACCUUUGUUUUCUAAAAAUGUUCAUUCUAAAGCCUUUAUGAACUACAUGUGUGAGAAUGUUUUGCCCGUGCUAUCAGAGCUCACCACGUCAGAAGAUGAAGUAAAUGUAGAGCUUGAUGUCCUCAAAGUCUUUGCUGAAGUCUCAGAAUUCUGUGGGGAGAUAGACAAUCCAGAGAAUGCUGUGGAGAAGCUUUAUGAUAACCUCAUUAGUUUCAUGCCCUUGCCGACUCCAGAUGAGAAUGAGGAUGUGAUGACUGGUACAGAAGAGCCUAAGUUACAGUUCUCCCAUGUAGAAUGUCUGAUGUUUGCUUUCCACCAGCUGGCCGGGAAGAUUCCUGGCUUUCUCACAGACCCAGCCAAUGCAGAGAGGCUAAAGGACUUCCGACUUCGGCUGCAGUACUUUGCCCGUGGUGUACAGGUGUAUAUCAAACAGCUGCGAGCUGCUCUUCAGGGGAAAACCGGGGAUGCUCUCAAGACAGAAGAGAACAAAAUCAAGAUAAUGGCUCUAAAAAUCACGUCAAAUAUCAACGUCCUGAUCAAAGAUCUGCUCCACAACCCACCCUCCUACAAAUCAUCCGUCACAUUGUCAUGGAAACCAAUAGUGGCUAAAACAGUAGCAGCAUCAGAGUCCAGGCCUUCCACUGGCCAAAAGCGAACACCGAUCACUUUUGACUCCAGUGAUGGGGCAUCUGCUAAGAAAAUAAACAAACAGAGUCGAGCCAUUUACUCUCCUCCGGGUGGGAAAUACAGUAACAAAGCUGGGACAUAUGCUGGAGGGGGGCGUGGUGGCGGUGGACGGGGACGAAGCUUUAGAGGUCGUCGUGGUUACAACAGAUUUUAAUAUUGGAGUGAGGGGUUCGAAGAACUGUGAAUAUUGUCAGCUCAAGUCUCUACCGACUGGGAAGAUUACACUGAGAAGGCUGAAUCAGCCGCACUUAGCAGCUGUACAGAGCGACUCUAUCUUCUCUUAGCACCACCUAACUUCCUUAUGUUACAUUCAGCUCUCGUCACAUCUGCGCGCAUCGACUGAUUGUGAUGAUACAUAAGCAGGAGGUAAAGUUAGAGUGUGAAGUCUAUGGAUCAGGAGUCCACUGAGUUGGUUACCCCACAAUGUAUUUGUGAAGGCUCCAAGUCUAAACAUGAUGCUUGUAUUUCGAUAUUCUGCUGUUGUCAUCUAAAACACAUGUGAUUUGCAUGAAAACUACAUGUCGACUUAUUUGAGACCUCUGAAUUUGUUUUACCAUGUGUGUUACUGGUGAACCAGAUUUUCAAGACUCAUAUUUACUGUCAUGUUUAACAGGACAUGAAGACAUUUUGUUUGUUGAAUUUGGAUUUGGAAAUAUCUUCAAGUUCUAAGCAUACAAAGAAAAACAUUCAUGUUGCUUUUCACUGUAUUAUUUAACCAUUUUGUCUGAACAGCUCCCAAGAUGUCAUCAAUCAACCCAUGGAAGAUAAUAUGUGAUUUAGACGAUGUAAAUAGCCUAGCCAUUUAUUCCCUGUUCACGUCCAUUAUCAACUCAUUUAUUUUUAAAGUUCAUGUGACACAUCACAGGAAGGUUUGAGAAUGGAUUUUCAUUACAUGUAUCGGAACUGGAUGUGUGGCCAUCAUUUCACGUGUAAAGCAGCUGUAGGCAUUAUUUCAUUGUUGCAUACAUUGAUGCGUUUUUAUUUUGCAAAGUAAAUAUCCAUUUUCUACAGGUAGCUUGAUGGUUUGCAAUUUUUUUUGUCUUGUGUACAUGUACUUUGAUGUAGUCGUUUUUGUUCCUCUGUUAAGGCAAUAGUGAUGUUAUUAAAGGGGUGUAUUCCAGUUCACCAUUUAUUACAGCUUUAGACCAUCUUCAAGAAGAGUAUAACUACUAGCAACUGUUUGUAGCCCAGCUCACAUGUAAUUGUCAAAAUGCAUCUGUAUUUUUUAGGGGUUAAUAUCUCUAUUAUUGUUUGCAGAAUAACAUGGAACAAUGGAUUAUAAACAGGUGGCUAAGUAAUUGUGUUAAAUAAAAAGUUCAUUUCUUCAGCUAGCAGCAUGCCUUCAUGAUUUAGAUGAACUGUCACCUUAUACAAGAAUAAAAGAAAUGGUUUUAAUUUA